AGUCUUGACCUUGGGUGUUAAGAAUCGGUAUUGUUUUUUUGGGGAAGUCCUACACUACUUUCUCUCGAUCAAACGACAUUCGUUAUCCAACUACAUUCACUCUUUACGAAUACUAUUUACCGCUUGCCACCGCAUAAUUUCUAACCUACCGGCUGUCUCUCGUUGAACAUCAUGCUUGUCCCAGCUGCUCUUUCUCUGGCCCUUGUUGCUGGCGUUUCUGCGCAAAGCACUGUGACCCUCUUCCUGCCUGGCUUCGACACGCAGUCUAUGGUGGCGAGUGUCGUCGGUUCGGAUGCCACCGCUACUACGUAUGCCCUGGGAUGUGCUCCCGAUGUCGACAGCGAAGACUGCGGUGUGCCGCCUGGUUUCACUAUCGUUCAGGGCGCGUCUACGAUGGACUAUGUCAUGUCUAUUCCUAGCGAAUAUGUCUCUAUGGGCUGUAAGCUAGAGGGCGACGUUGCUGACUGCAGCGAGACUUUUUCCCCAAGCCCGGCUUAUAGCUACCCGAACCCGGCCGAGACCACCGUCAGUGGUAUUUCGUCUUACUACCAGGCCGUUGUUGUUACUACUGGCGCUGUUGCCGGUGCUGCUGCCACCACGGGGGCUACUCCCGCUGCGAACACUGCUUCUGCUACUGGUGCUGCUGCAUCUGCAUCUGCAUCCGCAUCCUCUGGUUUCUCCACUGCUACCAGCUCGAAAACAUCUUCAACUUCUUCUGCUUCAGGAACUACUAAGCAUGCCAGCUCAUCGACCAGCACCGGUGGUGUGCCUCAGAUGACCGGUAACGCCUCCUGGAUGAUUGGUGGUGCCGCCGUGGCCAUUGCUCUGGCUGCUAUGUGAGAGAUGCUAGGGAUUUGUUCUUCAUUCCUUGAAUGAAGAUAGCGUUGAUAUGGAGCAUGAAAUUAAUUAUCUAAUACCCAUGGUCGGGCGAACCCGUCUGAAAGUUUUUAUCCAAGAGACACGGCUGGACUUAUCAAGAGCAAUAAUUGGUUGAAUGGACAGCUAGCUAGCUAGAUAUGUAAUAUAGGUGCUGGCAAUAUUAUUCCGGCUAAUUUACAACUUGGAAUCGCUUUGUCCUUUUGGGAGAAUCUUGAGAUCCUGGAACGGCAGCUCAAGGUGCUGCCACAUGUAAUGGAACCUGUACUCAGGAGUG